AUGCGGUGCUGCAGGCACGAGGAGGUGACGUGCAAGGCCGAAUCUUGCUGCAAGCCCAGCUUGCUACGUACCACAGAGCCUAUCACUGCGUCGGAAGUUGAGCGAUGCUGGUCUGCGAUGGCAAGGGUGCAGCGGCGCGAUCGCAACCGAUUGAGCGCUCAGACCAUGAUCGAUGUCACCACGGUGGCAUUCAGUAGGCGCUCGAGGGCUGCAUUCGACAAGAAGCAGGAAGAGCGCGCCAACCUUUUUGCAGACCUUGCAGCAGGCAAGCUCAACGAGAGCACUCUAGGAAGAGUGACGACGACGGCACUUGAAAGCUGUGAACCAAAGGCCGAAGGCUCUGAACCACGGGUUGAAGAGGAAGAAGGUGAUGUCGAUUGUGUGAUUGACUGGGAAGCUCUUGGCAGCAUCGGGAAGAGGAAGAAGAAAGAGGUGACAAAGGGAAUCAAGGGAAAGGCGACCAAGAAGCUUAAGAGGAAGCGUUCGGCUGACGAGGAGGAGGAGGAGGAGGAGGAGGAGGAGGAGGAGGAGGAGGAGGAGGAGGAGGAGGAGGAGGAGGAGGAGGAGGAGGAGGAGGAGGAGGAGGAGGAGGAGGAGGAGGAGGAGGAGGAGGAGGAGGAGGAGGAGGAGGAGGAGGAGGAGGAGGAGGAGGAGGAGGAGGAGGAGGAGGAGGAGGAGGAGGAGGAGGAGGAGGAGGAGGAGGAGGAGGAGGAGGAGGAGGAGGAGGAGGAGGAGGAGGAGGAGGAGGAGGAGGAGGAGGGCGAGGGGUCCAACGCAUGGGACAUUAGUGACUUUGAUGGUGUUAGAUAG